AUGCGUCUCCAUGCAGCAUCGCCCGUACAUAGUGGCGGAAAAUGGAGAGCCAAAGAUAACGAACUGACGGAUGGAAAAAAGCCAUUGGGGUUGGUUGUACGGCUGUUCCGCUCGAUAAGCACGUUUGUGCUUAUCUUUCUCGAGCAGGGUGCCGUUCACGGGCUUUCGCAUCUGGGGAAACCGUUUCUGCAUGUGCUCGAGAAGCUUUUUUGGCUGGUGCUGAUCGUCGCGGCGCUCUACUUCUCCGUCGUGUUGAGCUUUGUAUCGUGGGAAAGAUACCAGAGCAAGAGCACGGUGGUUGCGAUCGAGAAGGAUCAUUAUUACUGGAACACCUCCAUGCCCAGCUUGACGAUCUGUCCACUGAAGCGUAUCCAUUUGCCGUACCUGCUGAACUUCUGCAGUAAGAACGGAAUAUCACAGAAAGAAGAUCAGAUGGCGUUGUACGACUUUUUGGAAUCGCUAGCCAACUCAUCGUACUUCAAUUUUGAAAAUAUUAAGCACAGCGAUAAAGUGGACAGUAUCCUAGAUAUGCUGCACAUACACCCAGAGAACUACAUGACGGUGAUCUACAACCUAACACGCGAUCUGUCUCGGCUAGACGAUACAGAGCUGCGCGUUCGUACCCAAAGCAAUCUGGAGUUUUUGCAAACCCAUCAAACGUUAACCGAGUACGGCAUCUGCUACACAACGAACAAUAAAAUCUCAUCGAACCUGACUGCCAGUUGGCUGUUAACCGGUAAACAGAGUCCUCCGGACGAUUUCUACUCAACGCGUGUCGUCCACAACGUUCGUUAUGGUAACCUCUUCGAUGGUGACAUCACGUACAGCUUUAUCGGUUUUGAGCCACCAAUUUCGAUAUUCUACCACAGCCCUUACGAAACACCCAACAUCGCAAAAUAUCAGCCCCUCUCGAAUGAUGCGCACGAGUAUGAAACCUUUUCGAUUGAAAUCGUCACCACAAAGGACUUCAAAGAGGAUACGACCAUCUCCCAACGGGGCUGUCGGUUCAAUUACGAGUCAAACCUGACGCACUAUUCGAUCUACACGAAGGGCAUCUGCCUGCAGGAGUGUCGCAUACAGCUGGCUCACAAACUGUGCGGUUGCAUACCUCAUUUCUAUCCUAAUCCACCCGGACCACACGAGAAAAAGGUGUGCCACUACAAGCAGCUGAUGAAGUGUUUUCCGCGCUAUGAAAAGCUUUUUCUCGAGUUCAAGCGAGACCACAACGACAAGAAGGGCGUUCCCUGUUACUGCGAGCAGAACUGUGUCGACUCGAAGGUCAUCAUCGAGCACCGUCAGAUCCUGAAGCAAACGCAGCGGCUCAUCGGCAGCAUCGGCGGGUUGGUCGUCGUGAAACGUUAUCCGUUGGUGCGGUUCAGCCGGCAGCUUCUGUUUACAUUCACCGAUCUACUUGUGUCCAUCGGAGGGACGGCCGGAUUCUUCAUGGGCUUCAGCGUGCUCGGCAUGGUGGAAAUACUGUACUUUUUCACACUCCGUCUGCUGUGGUACAUUGCGGGCCGUCGUUAA